AUGGAGCCAGAGGCGUUGUCUGGGGGUGCCUGCUCGCUGGUGUGUGGGGGGGCCCUGGCAGGACCUCCGGGGUGCCACGAGGAGCAGCUGGCCUGCCUGGGCCCAGGGGGGGAUGCCUGCGCCUGCCGCGACGGCGCCUUCGUGGAGGUGGAGACCGGGGAGCACCAAGAGGCGCUGACGGAGGAUGACAUCUACUGCCGCUGCCUCUCCAAGACACUGUGCCACAUGGCCACCCCUGUCACCGUCAGCUUCUACGCCCCCUGCAGCCACCGCCUCGACUCCCUGCUGCACAAGGUCACCAGCUUCAUGCAGGAGGAGAUGGUGCAGCAGGAAGAGGCUGAGCUGCGCCGGAGCCACCAGAAGCCGCAUAGCCCUGAGGGUUGGGGGUUGCUCCUGGUCCUCUGGUAUUUGGCCUUCUACAAGCCCGUCAUCACCGAGGGCCACCUGAGGAGGAAGAACAUCAAGUUCAUCUUCAUCUGCUUCAGCGCCUGGCAGUAUGCUGGCUGCGACAAACUCUGGGCCGGUUUGGUCACCACCCUCUGCAACAGCAUCUGCCACCAUUUUGGAGCUCUGCCCCUCAGCGUCUACCACGUCACAGGCACCCGACCCCACUUCGCCUCCGGCUUCAGCCAAAAAGAGUGGGUCCUCAAGAAGGGCACCUGCCUCAAGCUUUGGGGGAUGCUCUUUGUCCUGGCCACUGGCCUCAGCAUCCUCCUGGUAGCCCUCUUGGUGCCCAGCAUCAAGGACCACCAUGCCUUGAAGGUGGUGGGCAGCGCCGUCACCUCACUCUCCGGUUCCAGUUUGGUUUUGGGAGCUUUGUCCAUCCUGAAGAACCUGUUGGUUAGUGAGAAGCAGAAGAUUGAGCGGUUGACCAACAGCAAGAGGUUCACCAGUCAGCUGGGCUUCAUGAGCAAGGUGCGCAAUGAGGUGGAGGUGCUGGUCAACUUUUUGGCCUUCAUGGAGAUCUUUGAAUGCCGACAGCUCCGCAUGGUGCUGGAGAUCACCAGCCUGGACAUCUGCUACCCGGAGAAGGUGGCCGGCGUCCUCAAUGCCAUGAACACCUUGCUCUCCGAUGCCAACACCCCCUUCAUCUUCAUCUUGGCCAUGGACCCCAGCAUCAUCGUCCCCUGCCUGGAGCAGACCAGCUGCAUGAAGGGUCUUGCCGACAACAGUUACCUCUACCUCAACCAGAUGGUGACGUUGCCCUUCUCCAUCCCCAAGAUGGGUGCCCGCUCCCACCUGCAAUGCCUGGAAGCUGCCAUCCAAACGCGAGAGGACCUCACGUACCGCAUCAUCACCAGCAACGUGGAACGCCGCCGAGCCAAGUGCCAGGGCAUCCCGGUGGUUCCCAGCCAGUGGGAAGUGGACGCUGAAGCCAUCCGCUGCAUCCACAAAGCUUUCCGCUGCCUCCACAACAGCGCUGAUGCUCUCGCCCAUUACCUCCCCACCAACAGUGCCCACGUCCACUGCAUUGUCAACACCAUCCCCAUCACCCUACGGCUCCUCCUGCACCUCACCGGCACCCCCAACACCCCCUCGCCCCGCGCUGCCACUGCUUGGGUAGUGUUGGCUGACCAGUGGCCAUGCUGACUGAGCUGGGCGCUGCAGUGCCUGGAAGAUGCUUGGCAGAGCUGGCCGGCACUGAAUUUUGGCACACAAUCUUUGUGGAGCAUCUUCCAGGAGAAUGUGGGGGAACUGAGCGCCCUGCGGCAGCCGUUGCACAAUGUCCCCAGCCUGGACGAGGACCCUGAGCUUUUCCAGACCUUCCUCGCCUGCGACUUCCCCUUCACCACCCGUGAUGCACAUGCCUUCCUCGGCGUCACUGUCAACCUGGACCACUCCAUCCGGCACAAGAUGGGGCUCCUACGUGGCCUCAACUGCUUGCAGAAAGCUGCCACUGCCCCGGUGUCUUGCAGUGUCCAGUGUCCCCACCCCAAGUGAUGGGUGACACCGGCAUCAGGUCUCCAGGUGAUACCUCUGGCCAUGGGGUCCCCAAAAUAGGCUCAGACAUCAGUGACACCAGGGUGUCCCCGUGGUCGGUGGCCUGAUGAUGCCCAUGACCCAUUGGCCUCCCCUGGCUUAUUUUGGAACCUGUUUGGGGACAGGGAUGGGGACAAUUCCAGUCCCCCCAUCCCUCCUCCAAGAAAAGACACUUGCAGGGGGUGAAAAUGCCACCAGAGGAUGGAACUGGGGUGACUGGGAGAGACUGGGAGGC